AUAUAUGUACAUACGUGCUUACGCUAGUGCACGCUACUUCACACUAGGGCUAGGUACUGUGUAUUUCAGCACAUUCAGUGUUUAGUUGAAAACAGUUCACUUCAUACUAUAUAUAACGAGAUUGUUAAGUAAUAAGCACAUCAAUCCUCAUAUUUAAAUUGUAGUGAAGACGGUUAACUCGUGGACAUUGCAGAAGCAUAAAAGUUUUUCGAUGUAUAUAUAAAUUGAUAAAUUUUUACAAUCUAAUUUUUAAACAACUUAAUAUAUUUAAUUUUAUUUCUAAGAAUAUAAAAAACGUGAUAUUUGAAGAACGAUUAGGAUAAGACGUGAUUUCAUGAACUUGAUUUUUCGCAUAUGUGUAUGCAAACACAACACACCAGAUAAGAAGACGGAUUUGAAUUUUCGCGAGAAAUAUGUCACAUCCUAUAGACUACAUUGAUUUAACAAUAGAUUCUCCAGUGAAUAAUGCCCUACGUACAAGAAAUAUAAAUAUUGACGAUAAAUCCGGUAAGAGAAGGAUAAGAAAAUCACAGAGAAACCAUAUAAUGCGUCAAGAUUCAGUUAUACAAGUUCCAGUUGACAAUCCACCGAAUAAUACACAAUCAGAGGAGAUAAUAGACUUAGAUAAAAUCAAAUCAACUGAUGAAAAUAUUGGAAUUCGUAAUAAUAGCAAAUGUGAAGAAAGAAAAGUUCUAGCUGCAUUAUCUUGUCCAAUAUGUUACGAAGACUUAUCUUCUGAUAACAGACCAAUGUCUACUCCUUGUGGACAUAUAUUCUGCCAAAAUUGUUUGACACAAGCUAUACAAAUAUCAAAGCGUUGUCCAAUAUGUAAGAAACUUGUAAAACUUCAAAGAUGUACUCGUUUACAUUUUUAAUUGAGUAAUUUCUAACCUUAUAACUUCUUUGAUUGAUUGUACUUUUCUGUUCAAUCUUCUAAUAAGAUAAUUUUCUAUUCA